AUGGCAAGUGGUUAUUGCUAUACGGAAGACUUAACUAAUUUAACAAAUCACCUCUCGGAGAAGCACUCCGUGGCACCUUCAGCCAUAAUGUUCAGCCUUGGUGUUGGUGGGAACGUUUUAGCGAUAUCCUUGUUGAUAAAGCAUUCGAACACUCACCAUUGGAGUGUGUUCUAUCGUCUUGUUGCAGGACUUACUGUCACGGAUCUUUUUGGGGUUUUGUCGAGCUCACCUCUUGCCUUCGUUGUUUACAGUAACAAGUUCCGUUGGGUUGGUGGACAACCUGCCUGUGACUACAUGUCCUUUGUUUUGAUUUUAUCCAGUGUAUCCACAAUGCUCAUUGCGACAGCUAUGUCUCUAGACAGAUUUUUUGCAGUGUGGUUUCCAUUUUUGUACAAAUCAAUGGAAAAAAGAAGACGAGUUCAUGUUAUUCUUGCGUCUCUUUGGAUAUUUGCUUUACUCAUUUCGAGCCUCCCCCUAAUUGGUCUUGGGCAUAACAUUCGCCAUUUUCCAUGUACCUGGUGCUUCUUUGAUUAUUUUGGUACAACACCGACAGAUAUUGCAUUCUCGAUUAUUUUUGCAUCUCUUGGAAUUUUCGUGAUUGUGAGCUCUAGUAUUAUCAACAUUUUAGUUCUGAUUAAAAUAGUAAAAGAGGCUAAAGGUGUGAAUAGAGGGAUAAGCAUCCGAAGUAGGAAAGGUCAGAAGAGAGCCAGAAGGAAUGAGUUUUUUAUUAUGACUUUCAUCAUUGCUAUUUUAUUGACCUGUGUCAUCUGCUGGAUGCCAUUAAUGAUAAGAAUCUUAACAAAUGUGUCAAAGCAACAGGUUCCUGAUUAUUCUUCCGAUCUUCUGGGGUUACGAUUCGCCUCCUGGAACCAAAUCCUUGAUCCCUGGAUCUACAUUUUACUGCGGAAGGAGAUGCUGACGAGACUGUAUAAGUUGUAUAGGAGACUGUUUACAGACACAGACGUGUCAGAAUUUUCUUUAAAUGCAGAAAAAUCUUAUGCAAUUGACAAUUCUGAAGUCUGUCACAAGGCGAAAACGAUAAACAAUUCAAUAGCAAGAGAGGAGUAUUCAGACACUAACGACCGACAGCGUCCGUCAGGCCAGGAAAUGACUUUGUUACUGUGCAAUUCAAACAAACCACUAAAUAACAGUGAUGGAAAAGGAAAUAAACUUGAACUUAGCUGA